UCGAAGACCCGCUUAAAUAAAAUCAUAUCAAAGCUCGUAUUUUGGAGGGAUACACAAAGGGCGGCAAAUUUCGCCGGCCUGCACGCGACCUACACAGUCUCUCUCUUCCGAUGUCUUCUUCAAGGUCUCUCCGAUCAUCAAUCUCGCCGUUCCGUUCACGGAAGCCAUCGUCGUCUUCUUCCUCGUCCAAGCGUCCUACUACUCCUUCCUCCACUAUUUCAUCGAAGGUUCCCGCUCCACCGGCAAAAUCACCUCUUUCUCCGUCGAUUCCUAGCUCUGACUGUCCACUGGAUUCUUCUGGAACGAAUAAGGAGAAUGUCACUGUUACUGUUAGGUUUCGUCCGCUCAACGCUCGAGAGAUUAGAAAAGGAGACGAGUUAGCUUGGUAUGCCGACGGAGAUUGUACAGUCCGCAAUGAGAACAAUUCCAAAAUUGCAUAUAGUUUUGAUAGAGUUUUUGGUCCUGCAACAACUACACGUCAUGUUUAUGAUGUUGCAGCUCAACAUGUGGUGGGUGGUGCCAUGGAAGGAAUCAAUGGAACUGUAUUUGCUUAUGGUGUAACUAGCAGCGGAAAGACUCAUACAAUGCAUGGAGAGCAAAAGUCUCCUGGUAUUAUUCCACUAGCGGUGAAGGAUGUCUUUGGCAUUAUACAAGAGACACCUGGACGGGAGUAUCUCCUUCGCGUCUCCUAUCUUGAAAUAUACAAUGAGGUCAUCAAUGAUUUGCUUGAUCCAACAGGGCAGAAUCUAAGAGUACGAGAAGACGCUCAGGUUCGUGGGACCUACGUUGAAGGGAUCAAGGAGGAAGUUGUUUUGUCUCCUGCUCAUGCACUUUCCUUAAUAGCAUCUGGUGAAGAGCACAGACAUGUGGGAUCCAACAACUUUAAUUUACUGAGCAGUCGGAGCCACACAAUAUUCACUCUGACAAUUGAAAGCAGUCCACGAGGAGGAAAUCAAGGGGAGGAAGUGGCACUAUCACAACUGCAUCUAAUUGACUUGGCAGGCUCUGAAAGUUCCAAGACUGAGACAACUGGGUUGAGGAGGAGGGAAGGUUCAUUCAUAAACAAAAGCUUACUCACUCUUGGCACUGUUAUAUCUAAAUUAACUGAUGAAAAAUCCACUCAUAUCCCAUAUCGAGAUUCAAAGCUUACACGUCUGUUGCAAUCAUCACUCAGUGGACAUGGUCGAGUUUCUCUCAUUUGCACAGUAACACCAGCCUCCAGCAACACAGAGGAGACACACAACACCUUGAAAUUUGCAUAUCGAAGUAAGCAUGUGGAAAUAAAAGCAUCACAAAAUAAGAUUAUAGACGAGAAGUCUCUCAUCAAAAAGUAUCAGAGAGAAAUAUCCUGUUUGAAAGAAGAGCUUGAUCUUCUAAAGCGUGGCAUUAUGGAAAAUCAGAAAGUGGGACCCAGUCAAGAUGAUCUGGUUAAUCUGAAGCUCCAGUUGGAAGCUGGGCAGGUGAAGUUACAAUCACGAUUGGAAGAGGAGGAACAAGCGAAAGCAGCAUUGAUGGGAAGGAUUCAAAGAUUAACCAAACUGAUCUUAGUUUCCACAAAAAGUACGAUGCAACCUAAUAUCCAUGAAAAGUAUGGCCACAGACGCAGACAUUCUUUUGGAGAAGAUGAGCUAGCUUACUUACCGGAUAGAAAACGAGAAUACAUGAUUGAUGAGGAUGCUGGAAGCAUUGAUUCUGAAAUAUCAGCCGAUGGAAGAGAGGGUGUCAUAAACCUUGAUGAAUUGGUCAAAGAUUUCAGAAGAAACAGAAAGAGAGGGAUGCUUGGCUGGUUCAAGUUAAAAAAGCCCGAAAAUCUGAUUGGAUCAUCAUCAACUGCUGAUUCUGAAAGCUCUGCAAGUGCUUCCCCUGCAUCUUCAUUGAAGUCAUUGCAAAGUAGAGUUACAUUCAGUGACGUGAAGGAAGGGCGGAGAAGAUCUGUUAGUAAGCGAGGGGAUGAUGCUCCAGCAGUAGAUUUUGUUCCAGAUAGAACCCAAGCAGGCGAUUUGUUUAGUGCAGCUACUGGAGGUCGGCUUCCACCAACUGGGACCACUAUAACUGAUCAAAUGGAUCUUCUUCACGAGCAAGUGAAGAUGCUAGCUGGUGAGGUUGCAUUAUGUGUUAGUUCUCUUAAACGAGUAUCAGAGCAAGCAGUUAAGAGUCCUGGGGACUUGCAACUUCAGGAGCAAAUGCGAAACUUAAAGGAUGAAAUAAGAGGAAAAAAGCUUCAGAUACGUAUUCUGGAGCAACGCAUGGUUGGAUCAGUGGAAAGGAUGCCACAGGGCUCAACCAAUAUUGAGAUUUCUCAGGCGUUAUCCAAGCUAGCUACUCAACUAAAUGAAAAGGCUUUCGAGCUGGAGAUUAAAUCUGCAGACAACAGGGUACUGCAAGAGCAACUAAAAUUGAAGAUGAUGGAGAAUUCUGAGAUGCAAGAAACUAUCCUUCUGCUGAGGCAACAACUUGAUUCCUUAUUAUCAGAAAAAAAAAUUACAUGCCAGCAGCAGGAUGCAGACCAUGAAGCUGCCACACUUGCAGCAUAUUCGGAGGGAUCUAUAGAAGCUAAAUUUGAAAGGGAGGCUGGGGCUCAUUCAUAUGAAGAGAGAAUUACGAAUGAAAAUACACAAACUAGUAAUAUGAGAUCAAAUAAAAGAUUUGUGCAUGAAGUCUCCAAUGACUCUAGUGUUGAUACACUUUUGAACUCUCAGCUUCUGUCACAGACUGCUGAGAUAGAGUCCCUGAAACAAGAGAAAGAGCAAAUUAUUGAGGAGAAGGAAGCCUUAGAAAUUCACCAUCAAAAGCUAGCUGAGGAAGCUUCGUAUGCAAAAGAGUUGGCGGCGGCGGCAGCAGUAGAACUCCGGAACUUAGCUGAAGAGGUAACUAAGCUCUCCUACCUAAAUGCCAAACUUGCUGCUGAAAAAGAUGCACCUUGCAAAAAUAGCUUCUGUCAGAGAUCUGUUUCAUUUGAUAUGAAGCAAAAUGGUGAUGGUGGAGGUCAGCCUGAUGCACAUGUUAGGAAGACAGAAGAUUGUUUAUCAGUGGAUGAGUUGGAGCAAGAACUGAAUGCGCGACACCAAAGAGAAGCUUCUUUGGUUGCUGCACUGUAUGAGAGAGAUAAAAUAGAAAGUGAACUGCGUAAACAACUUGAUGAAACAAAGAGGCGAGAAGAAGAUAUGGAGAAUGAGCUUGCCAAUAUGUGGGUACUUGUUGGAAAGAUGAGGAAAUCUGGUCCUGUUUCCCAGACUGUCUCAUUUGAGGGGUCAGAUGUGUCUAAUAUCUUGGAAGCAAAAUCAAGAAAUGACAUUUCCUUGUCCAAAGAUAAAAAAGUUAGUGAAACAUUUGAAAACAUUCCUUCUGUGGAUACAUCAGAAGAAUUGAAGAUUCGUUACCAUAAGGAAAGGAAAAGGUGCAAGGAACUAGAUGAUUUAGUUUCAAGAUUAAAGGGUGAUGAUUUGGGUGGCUUGGAUAUUAAUGCACUCGAAGAGCUGCAAAGCCUUCAUGUUGAGGCCAUCACCAAGAUUUGUCGUGCAAAGUGCUUGAUUGAUGUUUUAUAGCAUUUCACUUAGGAGUUCCUGAACUCUCUGACAUCUAAGUUUCCAUUUCUGACAGGUAUUACGCCAAUUGCAUCAACUCGUAGUAGCAGCAGAUACAACCGGGGGCCCAAAGUGUAUAUCUAACUGAAAGAUUCAAAGCUAGGAGAUGAUCUUUUGACGUGCGCUAAUCCUGUACUAUUGUAUGUAUUUGGGAUAAACUCGAUUACUUUGGUGUAGGUCAUAAGGAACAUUUCAGUAAUAUAUUUGUAUUCUCAAUGACUGGUCAAUUAUACUUGUUACUCUAAACAUUUACAGAAAAUGGCAUCAAAGCCACAUUAGCAUCUCA